AUGUCGACCUCGCAGCGCCUCUUCCGCUUCUCCAAGCCGGCCUGGCUUAACAGCGCCAACACCAGAACCGCAGGUGUCUACACCGCUGGCGCCCUCUUCUCUCUCGGUUUCUUCUUCUUCGUAGACGCCAGCGUCUUCUCCAAAUCCCCCCUCAACGGCAGCACCGUGCACAUCAACUUCGUCGACUGGAUCCCCCUGAUCUGCUCCGCACUGGGUAUGCUCGUCAUCAACUCGAUCGAGAAGUCCCGCCUCUCGGCGGACAGCUGGUCGUACAGUGGCAACGGCGUGGCCUGGAAGGCCCGCACCGUCUUGUUUCUGGGCUUCGCCCUGAUGGCCGGUGGGCUGGCGGGCAGCGUCACGGUCAUGGUCCUCAAGUAUCUGUUCAAGGACUACGCGCUGCAGACCAUGUACAUGGGCGUUGCCAAUGUCGUGGCCAACGGGCUCGUGAUGCUGAGCUCCGUGGUCUUGUGGGUGAGCCAGAACAUGGAGGACGAUUAUACAUAUACCUUGCAGCUGUAA